AUGUUCUCCAGCUUUGACAGGGCCGAUGACACCAGCAUACUCGGCACUGGCGCCCUCUUCCGUGACUCGCCCCGCCCUUUCGACUCGGCAGCAGAUGACGACGACCGUCGCGGCUCUACCGACAGCAUGGCCUCUGUUAAAAUCGAGGACUCCCAGCGCCCGGCAGCUACAAUGUAUGCCACGCGAAGCACCAACAAGAAGAAGCGGUCGUCCAUGCCUGAGCCCCCCGUACCUGCAGCACAACAGUCGUCAGCUUCUUCUAAAGGAAAGGGAAGGUCCUCGAGAACGCCGACUGGUCCGAGCAAUGCCGAUGAAGAUGAGCACCAGAGUCUUUCCCCUCCCUCUGGCUCCAAGGGCAAGGGCAAGGCGGGCAGUCAUCCCCCAUUGACGGGAUUCACCAGCGUGGAAAACGACGAUGCGAGCCAUCACCCCUUGUGCCUCCAGAUCACCCCGACGCUGCCAAGCUUCCGUGUGCCAGAUGCAGACGUUUUGCGAUUGAUUGCGUCCGGGUCAAGACUACCAGGCGAAAAGGCCCCGCACCAGUUGACCUCAGGCAAGUAG